AUGACUUUAGAAGACUUUGAGAAGUCAUUGGCGGAGGGGAAGGAGCAACGGCACGAAAAGAGCGAAGGGCGACAUCAUCGAGACCGACACCAUGAUCGCCACCGCGACCGCAGCGAAGACCGCACCAGACAACACCGUCACCGGUCCAGCCAUCAUCACCGCCGCCAUUCUCCCAGAUCCCGCGAUCAUGAUAGCGAACGGGGUCGCGAGUCCCGGCACCGCGACGACGACAGGCAUCAUCACAAGCGGUCACGUCGUUCUGAUGACCAAGGAGACGAGCAUGGCCACAAACGCCAGCACCGGCACUCCAGAGACGAGGGAAAGAGCUCUGCCCCUUCAGUAGUGGUACAGGAGGAACCCAGUAAUCUCAAGCGAGACUCCUGGAUGGAAGCGCCCUCUGCUCUCGAUAUUGAUUAUAUUCAUCGGCCAGAUACGACGCGACUUGAAGAAGCGGCGAAACCUACAAUGCUUGCGGCGGAUUACGAACUCAAAAUUCACGACAAGGAACUCAACGACCAUUUGCGUGAUCUCAAAGAUGGAAAAACCGUUGAGGAUAUAGAAGAUGAGCCUGCAUCACAUGAGGUGGACUAUACGUUUGGGGACUCAGGGUCGCAGUGGAGAAUGACGAAGCUCCGAGGGGUAUACAGAGAAGCGGAAGAAAGUGGCAGACCUUUGGAAGAUAUUGCCACUGAGCGUUUUGGAGAUCUCCGUUCCUUUGAUGACGCUCGGGAGGAGGAAACCGAGAUGGAUCGUCGCAAGACAUAUGGCAAGUCAUACGUGGGCAAGGAUAAACCCAGCGGGGAGCUGUUUCAGGAAAGGAAACUUAAAAGCGAUAACCGCAGAGGUCCACUCGAGCAUGUUCGUGACCCAGAGCAGGAAUUCAAUGCAGAAGGCCAAGGCAAGAAAAUGGACGCUGUGCCUCCUUCAAACACUACCCGCCAUCUUGAUAUGACAGCAUUAAAUCGUCUCAAAGCCCAGAUGAUGAAAGCAAAGCUCAGGAAGGCGCCAGAUGCUGCAGCUCUUGAGGAGCAGUACAAUACAGCCGUGGCAGCAAUGUCAAACCGCAAAGAAUCCGAUGUUGUGGUCCUUGAUGUCAUGCAUAACCGAAUGUUGGCGGGCGCAAGAAAUGAGGUCAAAGUCGUCGAUACUAAGAGAGGCCGAGAACGCGGCCAGGUCGAAGCAAACGAAGAUAUGACCAUCGAAGAUAUGGUGCGAGAAGAGCGCAAAACUCGUGGCCAGCUCGGUGGAGAGGGUCGGCGGUUGGCAGAUCAAAUUGGCCGUGAUACAAAAUUCGAGAACGAUUUGGAAUACAUGGACGACAAUGCAUCCAAGCUGGCUAAAAGAGUUCAUCGGUCUGAAAUCGAUCUCAAGAACACAACGAUCAGUGACUUCCACAAGAUGAACCGGAUAUUGGACAGCUGCCCCCUAUGUCACAAUGAAGACAAGGGUACACCUCCAGUCGCCCCUGUGGUGUCCCUCGCGACCAGGGUCUUCCUCACACUUCCUACCGAACCUGAGAUCAGUGAAGGAGGUGCUACCAUUGUGCCAAUCCAACAUCGCACUAAUUUGAUGGAAUGUGAUGAUGAUGAAUGGGAAGAAAUCCGUAAUUUUAUGAAGAGUCUCACGCGUAUGUACCAUGAUCAAGGUCGGGAUGUGAUAUUCUACGAGAAUGCAGCCCAGCCGCAGCGCAAGCGACAUGCAUCCAUGGAAGUCGUGCCUUUACCCUACAGCCUAGGAGAAACUUCUCCUGCAUUCUUUAAAGAAGCAAUUCUCAGUGCUGAGUCGGAAUGGUCACAGCACCGCAAACUCAUCGAUACUCUUGCCAAAUCAAAGCAAGGGUUAGGGCGGUCUGCCUUCCGCCGAACGCUGGUCAAAGAGAUGCCCUACUUCCACGUCUGGUUUGAACUAGACGGCGGCCUCGGCCAUAUUGUGGAGGACGAUAACCGCUGGCCUCGUGGGGAUCUUUUUGCCCGAGAGAUCAUCGGAGGAAUGUUAGAUGUUGCACCGGAUGUCAUCAAACGACAAGGACGUUGGAACCGUGGUGAUCGCAGGGUCGAAGGGUUCAGAAAAGGCUGGAAGAAGUUUGAUUGGACCCGUAUUCUAAUCGAAGGCUAA